UGUCAAUGAAGCCUUAUUUGGACCACCACUAUUCUUAUCCAUCUUCUAUAUAUAAAGUCACGAUCACAUGAUCACACACAAUCCAAAAACCACAAAACUUGAGAGUUCAUCAUUGAGUUGGAACCGGUAUGGCUUCCGAAAAAUCCCACAAAGUUCAUCCUCCUCUUCACUUUAUUCUUUUCCCUUUCAUGGCUCAGGGCCACAUGAUUCCCAUGAUUGAUAUAGCAAGGCUCUUGGCUCAGCGCGGUGCGACAGUAACUAUUGUCACGACACGUUAUAAUGCAGGGAGGUUCGAGAAUGUCUUAAGUCGUGCCAUGGAGUCUGGUUUACCCAUCAACAUAGUGCAUGUGAAUUUUCCAUAUCAAGAAUUUGGUUUGCCAGAAGGAAAAGAGAAUAUAGAUUCGUAUGACUCAAUGGAGCUGAUGGUACCUUUCUUUCAAGCAGUUAACAUGCUCGAAGAUCCGGUCAUGAAGCUCAUGGAAGAGAUGAAACCUAGACCUAGCUGUAUUAUUUCUGAUUUGCUCUUGCCUUAUACAAGCAAAAUCGCAAGGAAAUUCAGUAUACCAAAGAUAGUUUUCCACGGCACGGGUUGCUUUAAUCUUUUGUGUAUGCAUGUUCUACGCAGAAACCUCGAGAUCUUGAAGAACUUAAAGUCGGAUAAAGAUUAUUUCCUGGUUCCUAGUUUUCCUGAUAGAGUUGAAUUUACAAAGCCUCAAGUUCCAGUGGAAACAACUGCAAGUGGAGAUUGGAAAGCGUUCUUGGACGAAAUGGUAGAAGCAGAAUACACAUCCUAUGGUGUGAUCGUCAACACAUUUCAGGAGUUGGAGCCUGCUUAUGUCAAAGACUACACGAAGGCUAGGGCUGGAAAAGUAUGGUCCAUUGGACCUGUUUCCUUGUGCAACAAGGCAGGUGCUGAUAAAGCUGAGAGGGGAAACCAGGCCGCCAUUGAUCAAGAUGAGUGUCUUCAAUGGCUUGAUUCUAAAGAAGAUGGUUCGGUGUUAUAUGUUUGCCUUGGAAGUAUCUGUAAUCUACCUUUGUCUCAGCUCAAGGAGCUGGGGCUAGGCCUUGAAAAAUCCCAAAGAUCUUUUAUUUGGGUCAUAAGAGGUUGGGAAAAGUAUAAUGAACUAUAUGAGUGGAUGAUGGAGAGCGGUUUUGAAGAAAGAAUCAAAGAGAGAGGACUUCUUAUUAAAGGGUGGUCACCUCAAGUCCUUAUCCUUUCACAUCCUUCCGUUGGAGGAUUCCUGACACACUGUGGAUGGAACUCGACUCUCGAAGGAAUCACCUCAGGCAUUCCACUGAUCACUUGGCCGCUGUUUGGAGACCAAUUCUGCAACCAAAAACUGGUCGUUCAAGUACUAAAAGCCGGUGUAAGUGCCGGGGUUGAAGAAGUCAUGAAAUGGGGAGAAGAGGAGAAAAUAGGAGUGUUAGUGGAUAAAGAAGGAGUAAAGAAGGCAGUGGAAGAGUUAAUGGGUGCGAGUGAUGAUGCAAAAGAGAGGAGAAGAAGAGUCAAAGAGCUUGGAGAAUCAGCUCACAAGGCUGUGGAAGAAGGAGGCUCUUCUCAUUCUAACAUCACAUACUUGCUACAAGACAUAAUGCAACAAGUGAAAUCCAAGAACUGAUUACAUCAUUUUUAGUAACAUUACCAUAAUUUAAUUCAAAUUAAGUCUGUUCUUCUGAGAUGUAUUAAAAAAAACUUAUAAUGAUGCACUAGAUGAUGAUUUCCGCUGUAUGCGGACUAAAUUUACUAGUAAAAUUAACAUAAACUCUAG